ACCUCCACUCAGGAUUUUGUGACCACAGUUUGUUUGUGUCCCUACAUGAGGAUGCAGGUUAUUACAAUAAAAAACCUCCCUCCCUAGGUUUGGUUGAAAAAUAAAACACAUUUUGUAUAAGAGAUGUGUGCUUUCCCCCCUAUAAUAAGUGCAUUUGAGUGAGUACAAUAAGUGUGUGAAACUAAUCUUUCUCAUGUUUAUGGCCCUCGUCUUCAAAAUAUGACCACAAAAUCUAUUUGGCACAGUGGAAGUUUUUUAAUUUAAAGUUUACAUUUUUAAAUGUUCUGAUUCUCUAUACAGUUAUAAAAUGAAUUAGACUGAAUCAUAUCAGUUCAGUGCUGGAAACCAACAUAAUUCCAUGCUUCACACAUCAUACAAAUAGCCUAAAUGCUUUGAGAGCUCUUUUUCAAAAGUAAAGUCUAUACAUGUUAUGAUGGUCCUUAAAAUAAACUGGGAAUGUUUUUUCUGAAUGGGGGAUGGUUGUUUGUUUGUCUGAAUGUAUUUCAAAGAAAGGCAAAAAGGCUGUUAAGUUUGAGAUGGUAAAGAAAUGUAACAAAAUGUAUAUCAUAUGACUUCUUUUAGUCUCAAUUUCCUCUCAUUUUUGUUGCUGAAUGACUGCCUAAGUACCUUUUGAUCAAUGUAUUUCAGUACACAUGGAAAAAGUGCAGCCUAGAGAUUGAUUUGAGUAACAACUGAUACAUGUUAUCCAUAGUAUCAGUAAAUGUAAAUAGAUCAAAACAUUCUUAAUGAUAACAAGCAGAUUCGAAAUAGAACGAAAAAAAACUCCCUCCCCCCUGUUAACCCCACUCCCACAGUGAAAUGUCUCAGAGAAAACUUCCUGAUCAAACAGGAAUGAUCCAGUGACGUCAGCACUCCUGAAUAACAGCCCCACCCAGUGGAGAGCUGUGGUAAUGACAGGAAACUUCCUGAAGCCUCUGGAGCUCCUCCAGUCAGAAUAUAAAAGCUGGGACAGUCCCACUGCUGAGACAGAAAGCAACACAGAAGAGAACAGACACUUUAACAGCGGUUCAUCUCACAACAAGAGGACUCAACACUAAACACACAGUGAAGAUGCUGUGCUCUCAUGGAUUCCAGUCUGCCCUCAGUCCAUUCAUGGACUUGUACUGGCCUGUACGCAGUCUGUGGCCAGAGGUCAGACCUCUGCUCCACCAGCAGGAUCUACUGCAGAGAAACCUACAGGAACUCCGCAGCAGUCUGGAGCUGAUGGACAAACUUCAACACAAGAUCCUGGAGGAGACGGAGCCUUUCCAAACCAGCAUGGCCGUGCAACCGCUUUCCUACCAGCUGGAGAAAGAGGGAGAGGACUUUGGCCUGACCCUGGACACUCAAGGCUUUUCCCCAGAGGAGCUGUCCGUCAGGCAGGUGGGCAGGAAGCUGAGAGUCAGCGGGAAGACAGAGAAGAAGCAGGAGGACGAGAAAGGCUCCUACUCUUACAGCCGGCAGGAGUUCAGACGAGAGUUUGAUCUGCCUGAAGGACUGAACCCCGAAGCCGUCACCUGCUACCUGGCUCCAGACGGGAAGCUCCACAUCCAGGCGGCCAAAGCUCCACGUGUUGAGGAGGCUGAGAGAGAGCUGACUAUCAAGAAGAGCUUGGAGGAGAAAACACAGCAGAGUGUGUGUUCACAGGCAGAAGGCAGCAGCACAGAGACACACAACAGCACACAAACCUGAAGACAUGGACUCAUCUCCAUCUUGUUCUAACAAUGUAUAGUCAAUGUGUUUUAUACAAAUGUUUCAUAAUGAUCAUAUGUGUUUUUACAUGUUAAAAGUUGACUAUAAUCAAUAAAGGUUUUAAAAGUUA